UCAAUGUCAAAUUUAAAUGAGUUCACCCAGUUUAUCGUAAUCAGGAGCUGCUACACAUAAACUGAAUAUCAACAGGUGGUCAGUAGUGCGUGUAUAUAAAUCAGCUGUGUUGGGCUGGUUCCCAAACAGCCAACCCUCUGGCUUGCGUUUCUUCCGUUUGGGAUUUGAUUAAAGUAACGUUACAUUGUACACUGAGUGUGUGCUGGUGCCAUUGUAGAUGCACAAUUCAGCAUUUUCCUGAAUAGACGUAAAAAUAGGCUUCAACUGAAAGCUGUCGAUUAUCCAUAUCUGGAUACACAGCGUGUGGUGUAUGUCUCCCACAGCCUGUCCUUCACUCAGACACUUUAUAAAGGUCAUAAUAGAACUGACAGUGUUGUUAUUAUCGCCUGUUGUGACCGAGGCGGGUUUAGGAUCGGGGCACGCGGUGAUUGGACGUGACGAGCCCCCUAGUGUCACGAUGCUUCAGUUUUGUGCGUACGCGCAGGCGCAGCGACCCCUCUCUUCUCUUCUGAUAUUUUAUUUACUCCCGAAACCCAAGAUGGCUCCUGUGAAUGUCUCGGUCCCAUAGCAAAUUGAGGAUGCAAGUAGCUGUCGUAAAUACAACUUUUCCCCGACCGUCGCAUCCCCUGGAGUUCAAUUCGUAUGGUGCGGAGGAGGCCCUAACAUCCGUCUAGGCAUUGAGCAGCCGUCGGAGCUUCGCGAAACCUUCUUCAAUCCACCAAUUUGGAGUAGUUUCGCGAAGUAACGUUAGCUCUUCUCCUCGCUGUCUGUCCGGAGAAAGGUUCAGGCAGCUCAUCCAAAUGGCCGAACCGAGAAAAGUGCAAUUUGUCACCCUCUCGGCCUUCGCAGCUGGAGCAGCCGCGGAGUCUAGGAAACGUCGGCUGGAGGAUGAGGCCGACUUCAACUUCGGUGGAGCCGGGGAGGUCGAGGCAGCGACCGGGGCAGGGGGUGCUGCCAGCAACGGUCGUCUCGUCAAAACCGGCGAGAGGGACACGGCUGUAGCUGAGAAGAGGGCGACGGUGCGGCUCAACCUGUCCCUACCCGAGCCUGACGACCGCUCCUCCGCCGAGUUUAAUUACGGCGAAAUCAUCCAAAACAUCCAGGCAAAGAAUAAUCCUCCAAGUCUUACUUCAGCCCACAAUCCCAACGACCACUUUGACGAGGAAGAGAAAGAGCGGCUCCAAGUUGAGGCGCUGGCAAAAAAAUUUGAAAAUAAAUAUGGUAACACAGAGAAGAAGAAGAAGAAGGACAGAAUGCAAGAUUUGAUUGAUAUAGGCUUUGGCUACGACGAGACAGACCCCUUUAUUGACAACUCAGAAGCUUAUGAUGAGCUGGUUCCAGCCUCUUUAACUACAAAGCUUGGGGGAUUUUACAUCAACACUGGCACGCUGCAGUUCAGAGCGACCUCCGACUCCGAGGGCGAGGAGGACAAGAAUCUGAAUGACAACAAGGAACAGGUCAUUAAGAAGAGAAAAAAGAAGGAAGUGAACAAUCUGGAAGAGAACGCCAGUAAGAACAGAGGAACUCAACAAGGUGUGGCAACCCUCAAUCUCCACCGCCCAGAGAAAAAGAAGAGGAAGAAGCUGAUGAAGGACUCGCUGUACCUGGCGGCCAUGCUCCGCCGCUUCAACCGGGAGAAAGAGGAGAUGAGGAAACAAAACCCGAACAUGGCUCAACCCGGCCUGGCAGGAGGUGUGGCUAAAAAUCCCCACUCCACCAACUCAACGAACCACAUGUUGGUCUCCAACUCCACCCACUCACAAGACUUCUCACUGGCAGACCUCACCUCGGACCCCGCUGUAAUGUCACUGCUGGGCUCGGCCAAUGAGAAGGAGCUGCAGGAUCUCCUUGGCGACCUGGACUUUAGCGUGUUGGACAAUGACCAGCAACAUGUCAUGGUGGCGGCCAGGGAGAAUGGCAUUCUGGGAGUAGGUGUUCCGGCCCCUAAAGCAGUAGCAGGUGGAGGUGGCCAAGGGCGAGGCCUGGGUUCUUCCAGUGGACUGUUUUCUCCGCCUCCGCUGCCUGAUGGACUGCCAGCUCCUCUUAUUAAACGCAUCGAGGACCUGCGGGCGGCCUCGCGGCAGUUCGAUCAAGAGGGCAGGAAGAAAUUUUUCACCUUGGACAUGAAUAACAUUCUCCAGGACAUUGAGCUACAAGCCCAGGAGCAACUUCCUGAGGUGCGCUCAGGCAUCUACUCGCACAUGGAGGCAUUUGUGCCGUGCAACAAAGAAGCCCUCCUCAAGCGCCUGAAGAAGCUCAGUCUCAACAUCCAGGAUGACCGCCUACGGACGCCACUGUUAAAGCUGAAGCUUGCAGUGUGUAGUGUGAUGCCAGAGCAGCUGGCCAGAUACAACAUUGACUGCAUGGCCAAGGUUGCAAAGCAGCAGUCGGAAGAGGGGGAUAAGAACGGCUCUGAGGAAGAAGAUGAGGAAAAGCCUGGGAAAAGGGUGAUGGGCCCACGGAAGAAGUUUGUCUGGGAUGAUAAGCUCAGGAACCUGCUGUGCGGCUUGGUGCGAGUGAAACUAAGCUGCUACGAGAUGGAAAACCAGUGUUCUCUGUCGGUGGAGGACUACCUCAAGGCCUUCUUGGAAAAUGAGGUCAAACCACUAUGGCCCAAGGGCUGGAUGCAGGCCAGGAUUCUGCUCAAGGAGAGUCUUUCUGUUCACAGUCACCUCACUGGAAACCUAGUCAAGAGGAGAAUGGUGCCUGGGCCCAAGGCCAAAGCCAAGGAGGGUGUUUGGAUCCACAAAUCUCCUCUCACCAUGACCUCCACUCCGUCGCUGCCCACCUCCGCCGUAGCUCUGACCUCCAAACGCCAGCCCCCUUUCUCCUCUUCCCCCCCAGAGCCCAUCUGUCUAUCGGACUCACUGGAUGAAGAUCUGACUGCUCCCUCUCUGGACUCCAUCUCCCACGCUCUCGCCCUCCUCAGCAAUGCAUCUAAGGGCAUAAGCCUCUCAGACAGUCCCUUGUCACCCCCACCCCUGCAAAUGCCCACCUCCUCACCUCCCCCUGUCACCCCUCACUAUCCCUCAGCCUCUCAGCUCUCGGCCUCGAUCCCUCGGCCUCCUGCACCCACCCCACCUCCCUCACCCUCCCCGUCAUCCUCACCCUCACACCCGCUCUCCCAUCAGAUGAUCCCAAGCCAACAGCAACAGCACCAGUACUCCUCCAAAACCCCAAAACCUUUUCGGCCCCCCUUCAGUGUAUCGGGGGGCGGGCAGGUGAAGCAGACGCAGGGCAGCUUCAGCUUCGCUGGAGGCCAGAAAGCUCAGUCCACGACGAGCAACAGUAGCAUCAACAGCAACUCCAUCAACAACAAGGGAGUGACAUCAGCUCUCUGCAGUCGCACAGACAAAACUCCCCUGUCUUCUGCCCCUUCAGUCUCAGCCAACCACGGGCAGAGGCAGAGGGUGAUGGGCGGGGCUCAAAGCUCAAAGACAGGAAACGGUUGGGCGGCUUCAGGAACUUUAGCCACGUCCUCCACAACGUCACACCUCUCACAGGUAUCAACAGCAGGCACAUCGCUCCUGGGCAGCCCCGGCGCUCUGCCCCUUGGCUUCGGGAUGUUGGGAGGCCUGGUGCCCGUCUCGCUGCCCUUUCAGUUCCCCUCAUUGCUCAAUUUCAGCCCAGCUGGAGCCCCAGGGGCCGCUGGCAUGGGCUCAGUCCCCAGCUCCAACUCAGGAUACACCCUAGCACAGAGCGACCUAAUGGAUCUGUAUAAGAGUCUCCAGUCAGGGUCGCAGGCAGCCCUACCUCCUCACUUGCAGCUUGCUUUCUCAGAUGCAAACCAAAGCCAGGGUGGAGACAUGAAGAGGAAAUCCCACUGACCAAUAACUGCGCAGGAGGCCGACACCAGCAUGGUGACAUCACAGCCUCCUGGACACAGCUACCAACAAGAAUCUUCCCUCUGAUUGACUGACACAGUGAUGUGGUAUGAGGGAGCGGGGCUCCACUGCCUCUUUUAACAUGGACCUAAAGGAGAAUCAGUUUAUCUUCGCUACAAGUGGCAACGAUGAAUUAAUUUAACUGUAUUUUCUAAUGAACCGGGUAUGAGAACAAGACUGAGUGAAUGACGAGAACACUUUUAUUUUUGUUCAGCUUAUAUUUUAUUUUUUUGUCAACAUGUUUACAUAUGACUGACCUUGAUCACUGUGGAAUGAAUGUGAGCAAGGUGGUGGUACAGAUGAGUAGUAGUACGCUACGUAAUAUAAUUUGUAUUUAAGCUAUUGUGGAUUAACGGGACUCUUGUUCUUGCAGUACAAAAAGAA